AUGGAUUCCAGCUCCCAUAAGAUCUAUCAUGUACACGGUUAUGAUUCCAGACAAUAUCUGGAGGAUUAUUUUUCGGAUAAACCAGAUAUGGCCUUUGCAGAGGAUUCCUUGAUAUUUCCCAUGGAAAAUCUUAUAAAAACCUUUGCAGAGGGUCACAUGAAAGGAGAUGUCCUGAUUGAUCUCAGCGCUGGUCCUAUGGUCCAUCAUCUAUAUUCAGCCUGUGAUUUUUUCAGACACAUCAUAGUCCUGAAGGUCACUGACAGAUGUAUCCUGGAGCUGAAGAGAUGGCUGGACACACGGACAGGAGCAUUCGAUUGGGGACAUGUCACAAAACUUCAUGUAGAAAAAGAAAAUAAAAGUGACCAGUUACAGGACAAAGAAGAGAAAGUGAGAUCGGCCGUUCAACAUGUGAUGAAAUGUGACUUUGCGAAAGAAAAUAUUACGGAUCCGAUAGUCUUACCACCAGCAGAUUGUAUCAUUAGCGGUUGGCUCCUAGAAGAGAUCAGUAAAAAUCAAGAUGAUUAUAUAAGAUAUCUCAGGAAGUUCUCAGGGUUACUAAAACCUGGAGGACAUCUCAUAUUAAUUGGAAGUUUAGAUAUGACAUAUUACACAGUCGGGAAAGACAGGCUCCAUGCUUUCACAUAUGAUGAGGAUUUUGCCAGGAAAGCUCUAGUUGGAGAAGGAUUUGUUAUAAAUUACUGUAAUAUUAAGAAGAGAACGGCUGUGAGUGACCUUACUGACUAUAAGACUCUCAUAUUCAUUGCAGCUCACAAGAAGUAGAUAUUGAGUAGAGUAUAAAAUCACAUGAAAAAUACAGCCAUAAAAUGGGGGUAAAAAAUGGCUAUAUUUUUCAUGUAAUAUUGUACUUUAUAAAUGUCUUCAGAAUAGGAGGCAUCAGUGCACACUGUUGUAAUUCCAAUGUCAUUUUACGAUGUGUGAACUCAGACUUAGACUCUGCUUAGAUUGUAUUCAUGCCU